UAACUAAUCACGUGCCUGCUGCUUCAUACACACUUGUGCAUUCAGGUCCUUUUUUAUUGAGAAAAUUUUGCAUUCAGGUCUUCCUAGUCAUUAUUAUAAAUCUCUCUCUCUCUCUCUCUCUCUCUCUCUCUCUCUCUCUCUCUCUCCCUAGAAACACAAAUAUAUUUACAUAAAGAUUAGAGUCAAGAGAAAAGGUGUGUUGUGUGAUGGAGAUAAAAACGAAGAGGUACUGGCGGAGGUGGAGAGGAUACGAGAAGCUUGAUGGGUCAUCGACGCCGGGCCGAAGGAUUGAAAAAGGAGUCAAAACGGAUCCGACCCGGAAGAAACGAUUUUGGAGGAUCAAGAUCAUGCCAAAACUGAGGAUCCUCAGAAGGGCUUCGCCCAAGAAGCUUCUGGUUUGGUUACGUGAUUCUUAUGUUAAUAAGAUGCUGCGGUUGGCGAACUCGCGAACCGUCGGAGCUUCUGCAUACGGUGGAUCCGGUUUCGGACAGCGUCAGAUGAAGGAGUAUGAUGAGAAAGUGCUUGUGGAGAUUUACAAGUCCAUAUUGAUGGCGCAGGCACAUGGGAAUCUCGUGCAACGAGACACAGCUAAUAAGCUUCCUUCUGAACCAGCGGUUGUCCCGGUCUCUUCUGUCGUUUUGUAAUUAAAAUUAAAGAACGGAAACAAAUAUAUAUCCGUUUUCCUUAUAAUAAAAGAGAAUCAAAAUUCUCGACUUGUUUGAUAUACUUCUCGAGAUUGCUGAUAGCACAGUUGCUUUUGAUAUGUAUCAAGAUCACAAAAUUGGA